UCAGCGGUUCAUCCUCCUUCUCCCCGCCACCGUCUCCUCGUCGUCUCCUCGUCGCACAAGUCAUCACCGACCGUAUCCGCAUCUCGUCGUCCUCACCAUGCCGAUCCGGCGUCAGCGCUAGGGUUAGGGUCUCCUCUGCGCCUUUAUCGCCAUGGCUCCUAACGAAGCCGCUAGCAUCACCACCCCGUCCGAGCCGGAGAGCGUGGGCGGCAGUGAGAUGAGCAGCGAAGACAUGGCCGCCGCCAGUCCGCUCCUCUCGUCGUCCUCCCCCUCCCCUUCCCCCUCCGCAGCCCCGGUGCUGGAGAGCAUAGAGGAACUGGACCGGAAGUACGCACCGUACGCGCGGCGGGACGCGUACGGACCGAUGGGGCUCGGCCCCGUGAGCGCAGCGGAGGCUGCGCGGCUGGCGUUUGCCGCGGUCGUGCUGGUCCCGCUCCGUGUCGUGGCAGGUGUUCUCGUACUCGUGGUCUACUACCUCGUGUGCCGCGUGUGCACGCUGCGGGUGGAGGAGGACCGGGAGGGCGGCGAAGGGGAUGGGUACGCGCGGUUGGACGGGUGGAGGCGGGCGGGGGCUGUGCGGUGCGGCCGCGCACUCGCUCGCGCCAUGUUGUUUGUCUUCGGGUUCUAUUGGAUCCGAGAGUACGACAGCCGCCUUCCCAAUGCUGAGGAUGGCCAUGUGGACCAGUCUAAAGAAAUCGAAAGGCCUGGGGCAAUUGUGUCUAAUCAUGUAUCUUAUGUGGAUAUUCUUUAUCACAUGUCAGCCUCUUUUCCUAGUUUUGUUGCUAAGAGAUCAGUGGCUAGAUUGCCUCUAGUUGGUCUCAUAAGCAAAUGUCUUGGAUGCAUUUUUGUUCAGCGGGAGUCGAAAACACCAGAUUUCAAAGGUGUUUCAGGUGCUGUAUCUGAAAGAAUCCAUCGUGCUCAUCAACAGAAAAAUGCACCAAUGAUGCUACUCUUCCCUGAGGGCACAACUACAAAUGGGGAUUAUCUCCUUCCAUUCAAAACAGGUGCUUUUCUUGCAAAGGCACCAGUUCAACCAGUCAUUUUGAGAUAUCCUUACAAAAGAUUUAAUGCAGCAUGGGAUUCCAUGUCAGGGGCACGUCAUGUAUUUCUGCUGCUCUGUCAAUUUGUAAAUUACCUAGAGGUGGUCCGCUUACCAGUUUACUAUCCUUCUGAGCAAGAAAAGGAUGAUCCUAAGCUCUAUGCAAACAAUGUACGGAAACUGAUGGCAGUGGAGGGAAACUUGAUUCUUUCAGACCUUGGGCUGGCGGAGAAGCGAGUGUACCAUGCCGCACUGAAUGGAUUGUUGUGUCAAAGCUAUUUUGGAUAAAAUUUGGAAAUGAAAGCAGUUAGUUUUUCCUAGUUGUCCCUGUACCAUUGCAGUAGGAGAAAAAGGAAUCAAAUUUUGUUGUCACUAAUCUUUCUCAUUAAAGACCAUCUGUAGAUAACCACACCGUUUUGCUGCAAAGAUCAAAUAGACGUUAAUCAAGCUAGGCAUAGCGUAAAAAAUGCUGUUUUCUUACUCUCGUCACCGCAGUUCAUGUGCUGUGUUUUGAGUUGACAUGAUGUACUUGAUGUGUCCGUUGACUAACAUAUGGUUGUCUAACAUA